CUUAGUAACUUACCUAAAUAUCGUAGUAAUUUACUAAAAAGCUGCUGCUGCUCAUUGCACAAAAGUCUUACCUUGAGAUGUCAAGAAAUAACCUCAAGAAAUUAAAUGAAUUCGGCAAAUUAGAGUUCAACAGCGAAGAAGAAAUUAUGACAAAGUCGAUUAACGACAGUUAAGACGUAUCGAAUCUCGCGAUGCUGCUCGCGAUAGCGGGUGGGAUCCAAAGUUAAGAGGUUACUUCGUGCAAGAAGGAAAUAUCGUACCAGAAAGAAGAAAAAAAAGGAGUGAAUAAACAGCUUGUAAGGACUGGAGCGGGUAAGAAUCUAUCGAAGGUCGCAUCGAAUUUCAGGAACGUCGCAAUCGUCGCACAGCAGAAUCAUCAAUCCUGGCACUCCUCGAGAAGACUUUCCCUUUGAACGAUUUCUUGGACGCGACUGAACGAGUGUCUCUUUUAUAUAAUCUACUAUACCGGUGAGACGCCCGCCUAGUGAGAGGGAGGUUCAGGUUCAAACUCUGGCUGAGUUCGACAUCAAAGUUCAUCAUCGUUGGAGGUGUCACAAGUAUAUACAGAUAUAAUUUUGCCAAAGAGAAGGAAACAAUUAAAACGUUUGCAGAAAGCAUUAAUCAGUCUUUCAAUAUCAUGGAAUUAUUUUGCGGCAACAAGCGACGAUGUAAUUCAAAAAUUAAAUAAAGUGAAUAGGAGAUGGUGGGUUAGACCAGUCGAUAGACGUAAAUUUCGAUAGAAGUAAAUGCGGCCACUGUGACAAUUUUUUGAAUUAUCUUGUCAAUGAAGACCAUGAAUUAUUUUAUGAAGACUAUAGAAUGUCAGUGGAUCAGUACAAUCACCUCCUUACUCUGCUACAGCCACACUUGCAAAAAAUUUCUCACAGGGCCCCACAUUCAUCGGGUUUGCGAUUAAGUUUGACAUUAUUGUUUCUUGCUCAUGGAGAUAGCAUAAAUACAACAGCAAGAGGGUUUAGAAUUGGAAAAUCUACAGCAUAUAAAAUAAUUUAUGAAACUUGCAAUAUCAUCUGGAAUGUACUUCAACCAAUUUAUCUUCCCAAUCCAACAAAAGAAUCAUGGAGUCUCAUUGCUGAAGAUUUUUAUAAGAUGUGGAAUUUUCCAAACUGCAUCGGAACAGUAGACGGAAAACAUAUCCAGAUACAAUGCCCUCCUAAAACAGGAAGUCUAUACUACAAUUAUAAACAAUUUUUUAGUAUAAUACUGAUGGCUUCUGCUGAUGCUGAGUAUAAAUUUACUUGGGUUGAUAUAGGAGAUUGUGGUUCCAUGAGUGAUGGAGGCGUAUGGGCUGAAUCUUCAUUUGGUUCUGCUCUAGAGGAGGGUUCUGUUGAUCUGCCACUGCCACGUUUGCUCCCUAAUUCGGAUAUAAUGUUUCCACAUUUUUUCGUGGGGGAUAAAGCUUUCCCACUGAAAACCUAUAUGAUGCGACCAUAUCCAAAAAAAGACUUAUGUGAUAGUAAGCGUAUUUUCAAUUAUAGGCUCUCUAGAGCACGUAGAGUAAUUGAAAAUUCUUUUGGUAUACUUGUUAGUAAGUGGAGAGUGUUGCGACGUUCUUUAUGCUGUUCUCCUGCCAAUGCUGAAAUAAUAGUAAAGGCUUUAAUAUGUCUCCAUAAUUUCCUUCUUAUUAAGGAAGGAGGUAUUGGUGGACGUUAUUGUCCUCAUGGUUCGAUAGAUGGUGAAAUAAAUGAUAUUUUCCAACCUGGUGCCUGGAGGAAAGAGAAUACUUUACAUAACAUACAAGAGUUACAUAGAAUUGGUUCGAACAAUGCUGGCAGAACAGUCAUUAAUUUGAGAAACAUACUUUGUAAUUAUGUUAAUAGUGACGAGGGCCAAGUUGAGUGGCAAAGGGACCGUGCUUUCCACAAUAUAAAUGUUAAUCUAAAUUGAAUUCUAAUUGUUCAUUAAUAAUAAAUAAGUUUUGUGAUAUUAUGUAGGAACCUAUCUUAUACAUUAAAAACGUAUGAAUAAAAUAUUAGAAUUUAU